UGUCGAAGCCCCUGACAGCCUGCAGAAUGCCAUUCUCCGAAGUGCUUCCCCAGCAGCUAGAGACUCGCCAUUGACAUCCCACAGCCGGCGCCGGUUCUGUGCAUGCUGCUUUUGAUGGCAGGACUGCAGCCCACUCGCCAGUCACCACCACCAGCCGCACCUUCGUGCCCUUCGCCUCCAGCUGAUGACGACGACGAAUGCAGCGUCGGCAGCCACACUCAUCUCAGGUCCGAGUCCGGCUCGUCCCUAUCUUCCUCGCUCGACGUUGGUCAUACCUUUUCUCUCUUCCCGCAGCUGCCCCCCGAGAUCCGCCUCCUCAUCUGGUCUCACGCCCUGCCGCCCGCGGGCUCCGGCAUCAACUUCUUCAACGUGCACGCCUUUCCUCUCGAUCAUGCCGGCUGCAACCGCUCCACCUCGCCCCCCUGGCUCUAUCUCGACCUGCGCCGCCUCAGCAUCUUUGACACGGACGACGACGUAGCCCAGUAUGACCCCAGCGUCUGGCAGGCCCGCACUGCUCUGCGCGCGACCUGUACAGAGGCGAGAUCCGUAGCCGCCAUCCCACCAGACAAGCAAGCCCGGGUUGUCCUCACGAGACCAAAGCGUGGCCUUUACUGCCGUGCCGGCGACGACAAACUGCGCCGUUUCACCCCUUAUACCGAGGCCCAGGCCCGUGGCCGGCCUGUCGAGCCCACAGUCAGCCGGACUCUUCUCGUACACGCCGACGACAUACUGACAUUGUCCAUCGAGAACUGCAGCUUCAACCUCCCGUGGGAGGACACGCUGGACGAAGACCGUGUCACCAAUACGCUCGUCAGCGGGGGAGGGCCUAAUCACGAUCUCGGCGGCUGGGGAUUCGACCCGCAGCUCACACCGUUACCCGUGGGGAUACCUUCCUGGCGGUAUUGCAUUAGCAUGGUUCGUGGCGCCCGAACACAUUUCCAGACGCUCAGUGAGGCCCUAAGUGAGGCGCAUCAUGUAACCCAUGGUGGUGCACUCGAGGAUCACGACAUUGGGUACGGCAUGCUGGACGUACAGACUUUCAAGCUCGGCCGGGACGCAGCAGCAAAGACGAUCUCUACCCACCGAGAGUCCGUUGCAGCAGGCGCCGGGCGUGAACAGGUGCAGCUACACUGGGACCGAUUUGGGGACUGCUACGUGCCGCAGCCGUGGACAUCGAGCGGCGCUGGCCGGCCAUGGUGCUACCGACUGACAAAGGUGCUGCCAGAGGUGAAUGAUCUAAGAGGGCAGUACAUCCGGUCGGCUCUAUUACAGAGUCCAAAACGGCCGGCACUAGGGUGAGCCGUGGACAAAUCGGUAGCUAGUUCACCACAAGGCCCGAAAAGGCGUAUCAUCAACGAUCCUGCUUGGUAAUCUAGAUUGGCAGGAGAUCAGCCAUGAGACCCGAUCUACACACAUACACACACACACACACACGGCCCAGCUUUCCGUCACGAAGUGAUAUGUGGUCCUGCUUCACCAGUCUCAGGUCACAGAAUAAGCACUAUUCGUUAGCCGCUGCGGGCUGCGUCAGCUCUUGGCCCGGAGCGGAAGCCGGGUGGGGUCGCCUGUGCCGUGCACCCC